AUUUAAAGUGAAGAGAAAUCAAGUAAAUCUGCACAUUUUAAGCAUUUUUUAUGAAAAUUGUAAGAUUCAAAGAACUUAAAAAAUAAUAAUCGCCUGAAAAACAGAGACGAAUUGUUAAAAAAGAUUGUCAAAAUUAUUUUUUGUUUAAUUGAACGGAAAUUAAAUUACCAAACAAAAUUUUUAAAUUAUUUUUGUUAUAAUAAUAAAAAUAAUUUAGAAAUUUUAAAAAUCAUUAGCAGUUCUUUGAAUCUCCACGUAGAAGUAAAACAUCACUGUAUGCGGCUUGACUCGCCUUAGGCACCAUAUCUUAACUUUUUAAUAAUAUAAAUGUAAUUAUUAUUUAUGAGUGCGACAAAUGUUUUAAAAAAUAUUUUUUUUUAAAUUCGUUAAAUUAUUUUAUACCAAAAAAUUAAAUGUUAAAUUUAUUUAACUUUUUUGAAAUACAAUCACUAAAUUAAAUUUAAAAAUUAUAAUUUCGAUUAAUUAAAUGUUUUCAAAUGUAAAAAUUAAACAAAAAUUGAACUUGGAAAAUUAUAAUUAUUGAAAAACAAAGAAAUAUCGAUAAUUAUGUACUGUAGAAAGAAAAGGUGCUAUUUUUUGAUUACGAUUUAGAAUAUCAUGAAAACCAAGAAUUGUUCGUAGCUGGAUUAAAAAAAGCCUUUGUGCUCAAUGAAAAAAAAUCCGCUAGAUUAAAGCUUUAAAAGAAAUGAAAAAAAACUAUAUUCAAUGUUAGGAAAUAUAUGUGAUGAACCAAAUUAGUUAAGUUGAAAUGAAAAAAAAAUCUAGCUUAAGAUAAUGCAGCAUCCUGCACGCGUAGUAUUUUUCCACGCAACAUUUUGAAUUUGAUAGCGAGAAAAUUGAAUCAAUUUCCCUCUUCCUUUUUCGUUUAGCAUCAUAUAUAUAUACAACUCAUAAAUAAUAAAUUGUGUACCUGAUUUUUGCCAGCAGAGUUUAAACCUUGUGUGUACAGAUUAUUUGUAGGAAAUUUUGUGGCGCAAAAUUUUCAAAGUUUCAAAUGUUAUUGUUGCGUUAUACUGUCUUAUUUAUUAAUUCAGUAUAACAUUUUGAACUUCACGUCAACAAGACAAAAAAAAACAAAUACAUGAAAAUUUUCAAAUAAUCAAUAAAGGUAUGUUCCUCUGAUAUGAUUUUUCAUUUAUCCAAUAUUAUUCCUUUCACUUUAUUCUAAUCACACGAAAAAAUUACGAAAUCUGACGUUUUUCUAGUUGGGAAAAUUUUCAGAAGAAAAAACUGCAAAUUUUAUAGGAUAAAAAGCGAUAGAAAUGUACGACAAUCAUUCAGAUUCAUCUGAUAUUAAUUCAGAUUUAGACAAAAUAUUGGAAAAUAUGGAAGAUUUAGAUGACGCUUUGAUUCGUGGAACUUUGAAAACUAAUGAACAGAAAAAAGAAUCCACUGCCCAAAUUGUUGAACCCAAAAAGAAAGUUGCAUUCCGAGAUUUCAACGAAGAUGAUCCUCUCGCAGAUCUUUUAUCCGAGGACGAUACUUCUAAAGAAACAUCGAUUCCCAUUAUGACAUCACAAACUAAGAAAAUCACAGAUUUAUUUGGAAUAAAGACAAAUGGAGUUUCAACUGAAAAAUCAAACGUAUCACAACCUAAAAUCAAUUCAGUUUCACGAAAUGUGAAUGAAACCAAAUCAAACACUUUGCCAAAAGAAAAUUCUUUUCGAAUUGAUUCUAAUGAUUCAACAACAAAUAAUUUGCCAAAGGAAAAUUCUUUUAAAGUUACUUCAAAUUCAACUGUUAAUCGUGUGCCAGAAAAAUCAUUACCAAAAAGACCUCAUAAAUCAUUGUUUGAUGAUAGUGAUGACAUUGUAUCAAAUUUAACUGAAAAAACAAGAUCUCUCAAUAGUGAACAAGCAAAAAAAUCGUCAUUAAUGGAAAAUUUAUUUGGCGGUUUAACAAAUAAAUCCACUUCUGAUUCUCGUAAAAUUAACGAAAUUCCAUCAACUCAAUCAAAAAUUGAAACAAAAUCAAAUCAUCCAUCAUCAAGUUUCAAUUCAAUGACAAAAAGUGAAUCAAUACUUUCCGUACCAUCGACAAUUACUAAUACUGGUUAUUCGCCUACAACUGUUGUAUCAGCAUCAAGAGAAUCUAGAAGAGGUAGAAGACCCUCAACUGGAUUAUUAGAUCCUCUGGGAUUACUUGGAAACGAUCAGAAGUCUGACGAAAUCGAUACGAAUUCUCUCACUAUUUUUGGAACGAAUAAAAAGGAGGAGACAGUUACGAAAAAUACAGUAGAUGAUAAUUUACCAGAAUGGCUGGGAGGUCGGAAAAGUAUCAAAGAAGGAAAAUCUGAAGAGAUUUCAUUAACGAAUAUAAGUGCAAAACAAAUUAGUGAACCAGCAACUUCAACUCUUAGUGCUGCGAGUAAAGAAACUGAAAUUAUUGAACAUAAUCAAGAUAGUGGACCAAUUUUUUCUCAGACUGCAUCUAUUUUAUUGGGAACACAAUUUGAUCAACAAUCAGCUCUCGUGUCAAUGCAACAACAAGAAAAUGUACUGAGAACAGCUUCAACUUUAUCUCAGCAAAAUGAUAAAUUAAAUAAUCUUCUUGAAAAUCAGACACUUCGGCUAAACGAUCAAGAAAAACAAUUUAAUAUGUUAAUUACUAGGCAAAUUGAGCGUCAAGCUUUAUUGGAAGCUCAAAUGAAAUUGCAACAAGAUCGAAUAGAUGGUUAUCUACAGACAUUGAUGUCUCAACCAAAGUCAACGCCGUUAAUAUUUUCUGCAAAUAAGACUGACAUUCCUAAAGAAUUUAUUGACAAAAAUAUUGAAUCCGAGAGUCUCGUACAGAAGUUACAAUUGGAAAAGCUUUAUUUAGAAAGCACAAUAGAAAGUCUACGGGAAAAACAUGAAAAGGAAAUGACAAUUUUUGACGAGUCAUAUAAGAAACAAAUAAAAAUGUUAGAGGAUUCUAUUGAUAAAUUUGAGCAAAAAAUGCAAUUGAAUUUCGAUAAUUUAGAAGCCGAUUAUGAAGCAAAAUUGCAAAAAUUAAAAGUGGAAAUGACAGAAAUGGAAAAAAUUCAUAAAGAAGAAAAAGAGGAAUUGAAGAAAGAGCAUCUGUUAGCUGUUGAAAAAAUUUAUCAGCGACAUUCUCAAAGUAUAAUUUUAUUACAAAAUGAGCACACUGAAAUUAUUCAAAAUAUUACAAAAGCCAAAACAAUUGAACAAGAAGCAAUUAAAAUUUUUUCUAACAACAAGGAAAAUAUCGAUGAUAUUGUGACAAAAACUGAUAAUGUUAUUGGAAAUUUACAAAUUCUUCAAAAGAAAAUAGAAGAGAGAAAUGAUACAUUUCAUGAAUCCAGAGAAGUUUAUUUACAAACGCAAACUGAUCAUUUAAAAAUAAUGAGAGAACAACUGAAUAAACAAAACGAAACGUCGGAAAUUGAGCGAAAACAAUUGUUAAUAUCGGCUCAAAAAUUGGAAGAAAAUGCCAUUAAACUUGCACUCGAUACAGAAAAAAGAAAUAUACAAUAUGCAGAAGUGGAAGACAGACUCAAAAUAAAAGAACAAACAUUUCAAAGAGAAAAGGAAUUAUUUUUAGAACAAUCAAAAUGGGAACGCAAUCAUUUAGAGGAUAUGAAAGAAGCUUGGUGUAAAGAGCAAGAGAAACGAAUUGAACUUCUUGCUAAAGAAAGAGAGGCACUCAUUGAGGAAAAGGGUAAAUUAGAAAUUUCCAACAGAUUGAAAUCAGGCAACGAUGAUGUAGCAAAGGCAGAGUUGGAAGCAAUGAUAAAAAGUGCGCAAGAUGCUGCGGAAAAUGCUUUUCGAGAAAGAAGAAAAUGGCAAGAGAGAAUUAAUGAAGUAGAAUUACAAAAAAGUGUUUUACAAGAGAAAGAAGAUCAACUUGUAAUAAAGGCAAAAGAACUUGAAACGUUGACUCAGUCGGCAUUAGCGAAACGAGAAGAAGGAUUACGCGCUUUAAAAGAGGCUCGUAGAAUAGAAGAAGAUUCUAAAGAAAGAAUAAAUCAAGUGCAAACACAAUUUGAAAUUCUCGCUCAAAGGGAAAAUAGAAUAGCUGCCGAGAAACUCUCUUUGGCAAGAGAAAGAUUGUCAUUGAAAAUUGGUCAUGUUGAAAGACCAGAAAAAGACAUAAAUAUAAUUGAGCCACAAGAAAAAUAUAUUGAUGAAAUACCAUAUUCAUCCAAUGUUCAUUCUAAUAUGAUAAAAACACAUUUCUCGGAUAUUGUGGAUCCUCAAUUGAUUUUAUUGAAAUUGGACCUUGACAAUAAAUUGGAUGCAUCCAGCCAAUAUUUCGAUUAUAUUCCUACAGCAAAGCAUUGAAUAGAGAUUUUUAUUAAUUGAAUUUUUAAUGUGUAUUUUAAUACAAAACUGUAAAUUGUGAUUUAGAAAAAAAAAAUGUUUUUAAAAAUGUAAAAAUAAACUUUAUCAAAAUAAA